CUCAACUGGUGAGAUUAAAGCAUAACAUGUUAACUAUUGUUGUAGCUACAUCCAUCUGCCUGAUGGCAACUGUUAGUGCAAACGUUCCAAAUUCUCUGUCGCCCGAGCUACUGCAGCAAAUGGGGCAAUUUCGUUCCGAGUGUCUGCGCGAAACCGGAACCACCGACGAGCAAAUUGAACAAUUCAAUAGCCCACAAUCGGUGCAGGCCUCGCACGAGCUGCAAUGCUACAUGUACUGUAUGUUUCGCCUGCACAACGUCACCCGUCCGAACGGCGAGCUCGAUCUGAUCGACGUUUACCACGCCAUACCGAAGCAGUUCAACUCGAUCGCGCUGAAAGUGCUCGCCAAAUGCAACAAAUCGACCGGGCCGAUUGCAGAUGCGUGCGAACGUGCCUAUUCACAUCAUCGAUGCUGGAAGGAAACGGAACCGGAACACUAUCACCUAUUUUGAUGCCGAUUCUCGCCAAACAACUAACUGGAAACACACACACACAUGAUUGCAACUGCUUCGGAAGCAAGAGUUGUCGAAAACUUUUAAGGAGUGCACUGUUCUAUACCC